UAUUCCAUUAUCUAUCAUAUCUAUGAUACCUUGUAAGUUGACUUGUAAGUCUUGUGUAUGGGAUAUUAUAGUAUAUGGGCACUCUAGCUAUUUAUUUAGUAUCUAAUAUCUGUCAAUCACGAAUCACAUAUUUUAGUUUCACAUAGUACCUAAGUGUAAAUAGUCUCUAUUAAAUAAUAUUCAUUAUUAAGAUGGCAGUUGAUUCAAAAUACGCUCAUUUAAGUGGAAUUGCUUACGACCAACCUGAUGUCUAUGAGACUUUUGAAUUGCCAGAAGAUGACCAACAACUUGAUUAUGCAGAAGAGGACAACGAAGAUAUUGAACGUAUCAAAUUGGUUCCAACCGAAGCUUAUAAACACUUUAAAGAUAAAGUUGUCAACUCAGACAAUAUAGACUUUUCUGAUAAAUUGGGCAGAUCUCUAAAAACUGGAUAUAAUUCAAACCAACUUUGGGAAUUAGCUGCACAAGGAGAAAAAGAAACUCCAUUACAAAAGUAUUAUAGAUUGAAAUUGGAAACUGAAGAAUUGGUUCAAGAAAUAAGUUCUUUGCAGGAAAAUAAAAAUGAUCUUGAUGAGCAAUCAUGUACUAACAUUGGGCCUCAAGUACAAGAUGUAAUGCUGAAACUGUCAACAUUAAAUAUAGAAAAGUCUUUUGGACAACAAUUAGGAACAUCUGAAAUUGAUAAUUUACAAAAGUAUGUAGAAACUAUUACUGAAUUGCUAAAUAAGCGGCCAGGAAGUAGUGAUAAACCACAAGCAACUACAGAAAGUGUUUCUGAGGCAUUAAAUUUUCAAGCACUAAUAAGACCUAAUAAAGCACAACUUGAUCAAGUUUCUCAAAUUUCUCGAUUGGAAGAACGUUUACGUAAAUUGGAAGCGACAAUUGGAACUGGUGCUUUAACACUAAAACGUUUAGGUGUUUGUGAGAGUGGUGGUUUGAUUGAGGCUGUUCGACUAUUAUUAGGACAGCUAUCUGUUCUUAAUUCAUCUCAAUUAGAUGCAGUAGAUACUAGAGUUUCUAAUUUGCUACCCAAACUUGAACAAACAGCAGCAAAAUUAGAUUCUCAAGAUCCCGAAAAAGAUAAAAAAAUAAAUGAACUUUAUGAGAUAAUUUUAAAAGCAACUCAAGAGUCACAUUUAUUACCAGAAGUCUUACAAAGAAUGGUAGCAUUAGAAUCAUUGCACCAAAAAGUUGGAAAAUUAGUGAUGACAAUUAGCAACCUGAGUGCUCAGCAAACAGAAAAUGCUCAAAAUAUUGAAAAAAACGAAGAGUUUCUUAAAACUAUAGAAUCUCACAUUAAUCAAAAUAUGGUUAAAAUGAAUUCUAAUUUGAAAUCUUUAUGCACACGAGUUGAAGCUGUUGCAGAAAAAUUGAAGCAAUCUGAAUCUGAAGCUUGAACUUAAAACUAAAUUUAGUUAAAUAUUUUCUAAAUAAAGUGUACAUCAGAAUAUAAAUUUUAUAACUUAAUAUAAUAAACUUUUUAUUUAAAAAAAUAUAAUUAUUUAACAUGUACAAAUUUGUAUGCUUUUUAAAAUUGUCAACUUGCUUAAUAAUAGAGACCAUAAAAUCAUUCUUAAUGCUACAAUGCCUAAAAUAAUUCAUUCAUUUCAUAGAUGUUUUUUAUAUUAAUAAUAUAAUAUAUUUUUCUUUAUUUUUAAUGUAUAAAUAGGGUUUUUUUUAAUUAAUUAAUUGUUUAAAAAUAUUGUUUUUUUUUUUUAUAUCAUUUAACCAUCAUAAUAUCAGAUACAGUAUUUAUUUCAUAUUUAAUUAUUAGUUAUUAAAAUGUGUAAUUGUAAUCAGUGAAAAUCAGUUGUGUAAGCAUGAAAUAAAAAAAGGAUUGAGAGUACUAAGAGUAGGCAGGUAAGACUAUAGUCUCAAUGAAUCAAUGUAAAUGCAUUUUUUUAUAUGUUAAUAAGUAUAUACACUGAGAGUGAAUUUGUAUAUAUAAAUAGCUAGGUCCUAAAAAAUUUACUGAUUAUUCGAGAUAAAAAUGUAUAUAAUUUAAGUUCAUUAAUUGCAUUAGGUGCAUAUUAAUUUAGAUUUAACUCUUAGCUAAUAAUUUGCAUAAUGAAUAAAUUUUUCAUAAAUUAUCAGCGCACAAAA